AUGCCCCCCACCCAAGCCGACGACAAACGCCAAGCAGCCCGCGAAGUCAUCGACAUUCUUCAUGAAAUUUCCACCCUCCUAAACACCCAUCUGGACCGCACGGAGCUCUCGCUUUGUGUCUCGCUUAUUGAGAAUGGGGUCAAUCCGGAGGCUUUGGCGGCUGUGAUCAAGGAUCUGAGGAAGGAGACUGGGUCUGGGGGUAGGGGGUUUGGUGAGCAGCAGCAGCAGCAGUACGAGUGAGUGGGUGGGUGAAUAAGUGAGUGAGUUGUUGAGGGCGGUGGUGGGGGUUGAGGAUGCAGGCCUCUUGAGGGUCUGGGUGAGAUUUACCGUCGGUUUAUUGCUUGCAUGUUUGGAUUUUGAUUUAAAGAU